ACUUUCGAGAGUCCUUUGGAAUGUUUCAGUAGCCCCGCUGCGGUCACACUGGAAUGGAAGUAAUAACAUUGCGAGAGAAAAAAAUGACCGAAGGAACCUGUGAGAUCUAGAAAGCACAAGUGGUUUUUGGGCCCAGUUUCGGUGACCUCGACACGUAGAGCAUGUUCAGUCCUAUCAAAAAGAUAUUCACGUACAUACAAAAAAAUGCUAGCGGCUCCAAUAUGUUCAGCCCAUCUGGAAAUACGACAGCCGGCCAAAGGGAGGCACCUCCCAGUUUGAGCGCCCACGACGAAGGCGACAGAAGGGAUCAGGGGGAUGGGCAGCAGAGCCAGGAUCGAGGGGAUGAGCAGCGGCCGCAGCAGCUUCGUAUCCUACCCCAACUCGACGACGACGAAGACGACAUCGAGAGGCAGAUCAAGACCUCCAUAAUCGAUGCCACGAAGGUGCAUGCAGCCAAGGCAAAGGCCCUGGCCUCCUUGCCUUUGCCCCUGGAGCAGCUGGACGACGAACUGGCGGACUUUGCCCACGGUCCUGCGGACACCGAACUAGAGGAGCAGUUUCUGGAGCUGGAGAACUAUCCGAACAACGAGAUAAUCGUGCUCAGCGAUGCCGAUCUCAACUCUUCGAUAGCCUCUGACGCCGUUUCCGAGGACCCACUGGCUAUAGACAACAUCCUGGACUCCUCGUCGGUCACCACGAACGAGGAGGUGGACACCAGUGGCGAGUUGCUCUGGCUGAAGUUGAACAGCGAAACGGAAGUGGCCACCAGUUCAGCGCAAGUGGCAUCUGCUAAGCAGGCAUCCUUGCAGCCCGCAAAGCCUGCAAAAUCGAAGGAAGACGAGCUGAGAGAUGGAGGAUCAGAUUCUGGACUGGGCAGCGAGACCUCCGCUUUGCUCAAGGAUCAGGCGGAGAAGGAGCCCGAGCAGGAAGUCCAGGAGAAGCAGGAAACCAAACCCAUUAGAUCUAAUCUCAAGCGAAGAUUGGAGGACUCGGAGAGCGACGCUAUAGACCUGGUGCCCGACAUGUCUGCUCCUCCCCUGACUCCCAAAAAGCGGACCAAGCGAUCCAUCAACUUCGACGAGGUGAAGGUGUACUAUUUCCCACGACAACAGGGCUUCAGCUGCGUGCCCACUGCUGGCGGAUGCACCCUGGGCAUGGGUGCCCGGCAUAUAGCCUUCAAGACGAUGUCACUGGCCGAGCACGCGGCGGAAUUGAGGCGAGCACAUCGCAACCAGAACCAGGAACUCCAGCCCCGCGGUUCCAGCAGCGACGACAGCGAGGAGUCCGAGGAGGACUACCUAAGCGAGGGCAGUGGCUCGGAUGCGGAGGACGGUUCCAACGGCUUCCUGCAGCCCGUGACGCCCAAGCAGAGGAGAGCCCUGCUGAAGGCAGCUGGCGUGCGGAAGAUCGAUGCCAGCGAGAAGAGCGAGUGCCGGGACAUCCGAAACUCGAGGGAAGUCUGCGGCUGCUCCUGCAGGGAGUUCUGCGAUCCGGAGACCUGCGCCUGCAGCCAGGCGGGCAUCAAGUGCCAGGUAGACCGGGCAAUGUUCCCCUGCGGCUGCACUCGCGAAGCCUGCGGCAACACAGUCGGCCGGGUGGAGUUCAAUCCGACAAGGGUGCGCACCCACUACAUCCACACGGUGAUGCGACUGGACCUGGAGCAGAGACAGGGAUCGGUGCAGGGCGUUCAGGGGGGCCAUCUCCAGCAGCAGCAGACGCAGCAGCAGUCGCAGCAGAGCCUCAGCUACUCCCCGGUGGGAACGUCCGCCACGGCAUCCGCGUACUUCCUGCAAACGCAAUCCAACUACAGUUCCGGCUACGCUUCGCCGGCCUACACGCCCGAGAGCAGUGUGAGCUACUACCAGCAGCAGGGCGUUCCAACUGCGGGACAGGGGAAUCCCCAACAGCAGCAGGCGCAGAGCCAGAGCUACGCGACCUACGCCCAGCUGGACAGCCUGGACUCGGGCCUCUUUGCCAGUGGCAGCAAUGCCACGCCCUCGUACGGAGAGCUAUAUCAGUCGCUUAGCUACGGCAGCACACAGAUCACUUCCUAUCAAACCGCCUACCAGCAGCACUCGACGUCGCCCGCCGCCGCUGUCGCCUCCGGAGCAACCAGCUCCUGCGCCUACAGUUCCUGUGCGGUGCCCUCGGUGCCGCCGUACGGAAAUGCCACCACAACCGCCUCCAGCAAUGCUCUUUACCAGACCACCGCUGUCUCCAUGACGGCCGCCUCGUCCACCUCCGUCUCGUCGACGCGGCUCGUGGGUAAUCCAGGUGGAGCGGCAGCGACCUCUUCGGCCGCAGGCUCCACCACCGCUUCCCCAGCCAACGGCAAUGAAUUUAUCAGCCUGAGCACACCGAUCGCCAGUUCCUCGCGCCUCUCCCAGAUCAACGAUCUGCUGCAGCACAACCGCAACACCACCGCCGCGUUGGUGGCCGUUUCGGAGGGAUUUAGCGGUGGGAGAAACACGUCCAGCACGUCGACCAUUGACUCCAUCGACACACCGCCCAUUGUGGAGGAUGGCCAGCAGCGUGGAUGCAUGAGUUUCGAGGCGUUGCCCCCGCCGCUCGUGAAUCCCGCGCCCAUCGUCGCCGUGGUGGAGAGCAAGCUGCCGCCGAUGACCACGUUGGCCCUGCCGGUUGCACCUGCUCCUCCAACAGCCCCUCAGCCACGCCAGCCGCUAGAACAGCAUCAUCAGGCCUUGAGCGAGUCCACCUAAAGCAGGGAACGCACCAGCAAAUCGGAUUGGGGCUGGGUCGAUUUGUAGGGAUGAUUCCUUAGAUAAGGUGCAGUUUACUUCUUUGGACAAUUCUCAGUAACUUUUAAUUGGAUGCUUUAGUUCUACGUUCGCCCUCAAGAUAGUUUUAUUUUACUUUAAAAGUAUGCCAAAAGUUGUUAGAUUAAAAAUGAAAAAGAUUUUAGUAUCAAGAAUUUUGCAAAACAGAAGAAAAUUCCUUUUAUACUUGUUGAAAAUUAACCCUUUGCAUUAUGUUUCCCUAGUUUCAGUAAGAAGAAUAUUUAUGAAAGUAUUUAAGUAAAAAUGUGAAGAAAAUAGUUUGUAAAUACCCCUUUUUAUCCAAUCCAAUUGAAAUUGUAUCUAUGUUUUCCGAAAAACUUCCUGAGAAUUUUACAAAGCGCAUAAAAGACCCACCCGUAAAUCGAAAUAGGAGGCGCACCGAGAGAGCUGGGAAUAGUUUUUAUAGCAAUUUUACACAGCAAAAGACUUCAUUACGUUUAAGGCGGCGGCAGGUGUGGCUGGCAAAGGUUGGCAAAGGUUGGGAGCAGGACGAAGGACGAACAGGGGCAGGAAUCAAAAUGAACAGCUUUGGCGUCACUCCUCGAUUUCAGGAGACCUCUUAAGUAGCGGCGAGGGCCACCGCAAUGGGGCCCAGACCGCCUUGUAUAAAUCAUUUUAUUGUUAAAUUCUAAUUAGCCUCUAAGUACAUAAUGUAAUUUAGUUACUUUGUUGCUUAAGUUAUGUUUCAUUCGCAAAAUCAAGUUCUCUUCUCCUAA